GCAUUCGCUGGCCUGGAUUCUUUCGCGGGGAGCCAGACCUAAACUGAGGGAGGGGGUAGGAGGGCGUAUUGUUGUUGUGAUAGCAAAGCAAAACUUUGGUUAGCUAACAGGUGGACAGAAUGCAUAAGUAUUUUGUAAUGGUUGAAAUUAGUCAUGUUGCAGCUUUGGUAAGCCAGGAAAGAAUGUCGUGUUAGAACCAAGGCCAAAAUCACACUGGAACCAUUUAGGUACCAGUCUGAGGUUUGGGAAGGUGUCGAUCAGUAAUGAUGGCCCACAAACAGAGGAGCAAGUCGACCAGCAGCAUCCCAACAGAACAGGAUGUACAGCAGGAAAUCCGUAACCAGGCAAAGGAGAUUGAAGAGCAAUGGAGAGAUGACCUGGCCAGGUGGAAGAGCCAUCGGCGGAGCGUCCACUGUAACAUGGUGAGGGAGAGAGAGGAGCACGAGCGCGCAGAGCUAGCCGGCGGGGGUAGCGCCAGGAAACCGGACACCCGCGUAGCGAUGCAGGGGGGAGAAAGAGAAGCAGGCACUCCAGCUAGCCAUAGGGCUGCCUCCUUUCACACGCCGCAGGCUAUUGGCUUCAAGCUCCAGCCUCGUUCCAUAUCCCUGCCGCCCCGGAGCUACAUCGCGAACAGCCCCUACGCACCAGCAGAGAGAGCGGUCACACCUCCCGCGAUACCUCACUCCACCCAGGCGAGAACCAGCCAGGAGGCCUCCCUCAGCACCAGCAGCAGCAGCAGGUCCAGCAUCGCUCACACCGACCGAACCAGAACCGACCUCAAAGGACGGACCGGCACCGGUCCCGACAUCCCGAUCGGCGCCACCGCCGCGGACCGAACCGGCGCCCGGCCCGCCAGCCGAACCAGCACCGCCGUCGCCAACGUCACCGCGCUCUCGGGCCGAACCGGCGCCUCUCUCCCCGACCUGCCGGGCCGGUUUCCAGCAGACCCGAGCAGCGGCGGCGCGGCUGAGGGAAGCGGCGCCGGCUCGGCUUACAAAGCCCCCGAUCCGGGGUGCCCCAUUGGCAGGCCGGCGCGAGAAAAGAGCCCCGGCCCUUCACAGAGUCUCCAUUCAAUGGAUACAAAACCCGCGGCUGCUCAGGUUACCGCCGCCUCUCUCCCCGGGAGCAGCCGGAGAUCGGGUAGCUCGCGUCUCGCCUCCGUGGUCUCGCCCAGGCCUUUCGGGACCCAGUCCACCAAGAUCUCCCCGGUUUCCCGAGCCUUCACCAUGGACGAUUCGUGCAGACGCUUCAACGGUGAGACAAACCUCUCGCAGAAUUCCGAAAUCGCCGACCACCAGCAUCCGUUCCUGACCCCAGAGGACGAGGCGCGAUCCCAGCCCGGCUCCAUGCUGAUAAACAAUGAGGCAGAGCCAGGAUCCGCCCCUUUUCACAGUCCGUCUGUUUCAUCCCGGCCCAGCUGUGACUCCUCUCAUUCCAAAAUGGCGUCCGCAGUCCCCUCUGCCUCAGAGGCCAGUUUUCCACAGACUCGUUACGAGGACAUCAGAAUCAGACUCAGCCAGAGAACAGACAGCACCCAGGACUUCGGCUUUCAGACCAGCUGGCAAUCUACUGGGAUUUUAAUCAAAUCCAUUCAGCAAGGUAGCCCAGCGGAGCUCUGCCAUCUGCAGGUGGGUGAUGCGAUCGUGGCAGUGGACGGCUGCAGGGUGUCUGAGAUGAGCUGCGAGCAGUGGAAGGCCAGCCUGGACUCCGCCCUGCAGCAGGGAAGCCUGGUGCUGGAUGUGCGGCGCAACGGAGAGAGCGGUUCCCCAGAACAGUACACAAAUGCGAGCAAUGAGGUCAUCUCCUGUCCACCCUUGGAAGAUGUUGUGAAAUCAUCUCACACAUUCAAUAGCCAGGCUAUCACUGAUGUGGAUUCUAAAGACAUGAAUGGAAGAUUCCAUCCUGAAUCUAUGGAAAGCAAAGAAUCACAACCCCUUUCUUUGAAAAACUUAAAAAGGAGAUCUGAGUUUUUUGAACAGCCAGGCGGCUCCGAGUCUGCAAUAUCAGAUAUACGCAUCCCCUCUAUCAGCACCUCCUCUACCCGCCACUCCUGGGACCCACAGGAGGAGCGCAAGCGUCAGGAGAAAUGGCAGCAGGAGCAGGAGCGUCUGCUGCAGGAAAAAUACAAACGUGACCAGCAGAAGCUGGAGGAGGAGUGGCGUCGAGCGCAACAGGAUGCUGUGAGAGAAAAUUCUGGAAACCAUGCGGAGAAACACUUGGAGGUAGACACCAGAAGCCUCAGCCCCCUCUCCCCAGCAUCUCCCCUGAGCCAAGCCACACCCCCUCCUUCUGAGGAACCCAGUCAACUGGAGGAUGGCGAUGAGCUGGAAGAGACCCUACCCCAAGGGGCGGAGCCAUGCAAAGAAGAGUUGGAGAGAAUGGGACAGGGAGAGGAGUUGGGAUUGCAGAGAAAUUGUGAAGAGGUAGGGCAGCAGCCCAGACCAGAGGAAGAGGAGGAGAGAAAGAUGUGCCAGCAAGUUACAGACACAUGUCCCAGAGAGCAAGAAGGCAACCAGGAACAGGACCACUGGGAGGGGGACGGGUUUGCCAAAAUCCACCCUGAGAUUUCUCUCUCAGACAGGGCAAAAUCUAAAUCUACUCCUGAGCUUGAUGAAGUAGACAAUCCAGAGGUUAAAGUGGUGGCAGUAGCGGGCAGCAGCAGUGCGAGUAAGCCAACCACCCCUCCAAACCAGGAGGCCCAGAAGAAGAAGAAGAAGAAGAACAGGCCUCUCUCCCAGGUGGAGAUGGAUCGGCUGCAGAUCCUGGAGGAGAUGAAGAAGAAGACUCAGCUCCUGACCGACUCCAGCUGGAUACGCCAGCGUACCACAAACAUCUACAAAGAGCCCAUCCACCUGGGUGGGGGUAUGAGGAGGUACGAGUCUCUGGAUAACCUGAACACUGCUCGCUCCUGGAGACAGUCUCCAUGGCCGCCGAGCCCCGCCCCCUCCACCUCCAGCAGUGACCGUCCUCAAUCCGCAGCCUCCAAUUCUGCCUCCCCCCACAGCUACACCCGCUCUAUCUCCUCCACUCUGCCCAGCUCCUUUUCCAUGGGUUCUCUGAGGCAGAGCCCAUGGUCCCAGCCCUCCCCCACGUCCCCGACCCCGCCUACCGCCCUUAACGAGGAAUCUUCCCCUGAGCCUGAGCCCCGCCCCUCCUCUCAGCGCCCCAGCAGGUCAGUCAGCGGCAGGAGGACGUGCAACCUCUGCGGAGCCCCUCUGGGGAGGGGCACGGCCAUGCUCAUCGAGUCCCUGGGGCUUUGUUUUCAUUUGGGUUGUUUUAAGGUGAGGGGCGGGGCCAGGAGAUGGAGCUUGACUCAUCUAGGGAAGGCCAGACCGCCUGUGCUUCCUUACUAACCCCCUCCCGGGAAUGCCUCGGGCAGAGCCGAUGCAACACAUGAGGACUCUCACACUGCUCUCACUCAUUUCAGUUCAGUUCAUUUUGAAGCACAUAGAAACUGGGACACAGGUUCUUAAUCAGUACAAGUGCUAAUGCUAAGCUGGUUCUCAUCAUGUUAGAAUUAAAAGGAAGAGUUGUUGUUUUUUUUCCGCAUUUUAACACCUUGGAAGGCAGUGCGAAAAAUGUCUGUUCCAACAUAUCUGAGUCUUGUCACCAGAUAAUAUUACAGACAGGCUUCACAACUCUUUGGACAAUGAGGGUCACAUUUCCCAACCAGAAUGUGUCGUGUGGGCCUCAAUGAGAAAAAGCAUUUACACAUAGAAAUGCAUGUGUCGAUUGCAAUAUGGAAAUAUACAAAUGUACUUUCCACAUAAUGUCAUUUGAGUUGCACACUUAUGUGAAUUUGGCUGCAGGUUGAGAAUCACUGGCUUAAAGACAGAAACGGGGGAAGGAGUGAAAACUGCAGAUGGUGCUUUAGACGAAAUGAAAAGGCACUCAUCGGAGGGAGGAAGUGGAAAAAUGUCAUUUAAAAAAUUGCUAUAUUCAAUAGAAAAUAUCGGGUUAGAGCAGUUCAGGCAGGCUUCUUGGUCUUCAUGUGUUGCGUUCAAUCUGUACCGCUCAGUCCCAGCCUUCUUCAGUGCCAAGGUGUCGUCCUUCAUCAAAGACUCCUCCCUCUACAAACGUUCCAUCUUCAUCACUGGCUCAAGUGUAAUCAAGUCCUCGGUUAGUGGGUUCUACUAGCUGGUGUCAACUCAAGUUGAAUCUAACUCUUUAACUCUGCAAAUUCGUCCUCUCUCAGGCAAAUGGGUCCUUGCUUGUUUUGGUGUCGAUCGUGGGCUUUGAAUGGCCCCAGUGGCUGAUGGGUAAUCUCUCUGUCUCACUGCGUUGUCACUGUGGCUGGUGUGGUGGCUUGGGGCUCGCUGGGUCUUUUCCUGCUUCUAACAGAGGUGGCGAGGGCUUGUAGGGGAAGCCUGCUCAGUUGUUUCCCUCUGCCUCACU